CUAAUCGUGAGAUUGCAUAUUUUUGAUUGUUUAUACUCGCGCUGAUAAUAUAAUAUAAGUCCGAACAUCUCGCUAAUCAUCACAUUCUGACUGGAAAUCCGAUCACCAUUACAAUCAUCUUGGUAGAAAAAAUGGCAGUGAACGAAAAACUAUUGCACGCAUCAAUAUUUGGAUUCUACCUGGCAGUGAUGAUUCGCGUAGUAAUGAUUGGAAAUUUCAAUGAGCCUUCAUCAGCCGGCUUUUUUAAACUUUAUAUUAAAUUCAGCUCGAGAUUUUUAACAAAAUGGACUUUUAUUAUGAUAUUUACUUAUUAUAGCUGUAUGGUUCUGGUCCACCUUCUUAAUUUAAUAUCUGGUUAUUCCAAAAUAAGCAACAAAUUGCGAAGAAUUGCAGAUACUAUUUUCACCGUAAUUGUGGUUCCUACUGGAAUGUUUAUCACUCCAGGUUUCUGGAUAACCUACAACAUUAACAGGGAUCUUAUCUUCCCUACAUGGUUGGAGGAAAUAAUUCCAGGGUGGGUGAAUCAUGGAGUCCACACAUUUAACUCAAUCUUGCCAUUAAUGGAUCUUCUUCUCGUGAAGCACACAUUUUCUCCAUGGCCUGAGACAUUAUAUUAUACUGCAUUGUAUUUUGGAUCCUACAUGGUCUGUCUUUUUGGGACGUAUUUCCAGCAUGAUUUCUGGCUUUACCCAAUUUUCGAAAAGAUGACAUUACUACAAAGUUUUCUUACCUGCAUCGCUUUUGUUUCGAUGAUUUUGUUAUUUCACUACAUAGCUAGGCUGGCAGGAGUAAAAUAUGGUACCUGUGAAGUGGAAAUGCGACAAAAGAAAGAGAAUCAUUAUUCGAAAAAUGUAUCAAAUGGAAACGUCCCGCUUCGACAGAAAAAUAAAUAAUUUAAUGGCUGAAAAUAAUUUUUAGAAAAUGAAUAGUCUGUGAAAAUAUUGUGAUAUACUUUAUGUUAAAUAUAUUUAUUUAUUUUUUUAAUUUUGUAUACGUUUCUCAAACACUAAAUAGUGUUUUUAGUGUGUAAAAUUUUCAAUUCAUGUGUCAACAAUAGGUCUGUAGGUUUCGAUAUCCGCCAUUUAAAUACUAUGUAAACCACUGGUGGAUCUUUAAAUUGGGAAUUUUUUUUCUUUGCACCAUUUUUGUAUUUCUGUUAAUGGUCUGAACUCCAUGUAUGGCUAUUAAAUAACGAGACUGAGCGCUUUAAAACAUUUUAUUUUGAUCUCAUACUUAUUUACUUAUUAUUUUUUAUUACUUUAUUAGCUAUAUUUGAGCCUAUAACGACGUAUGCCUCGGAGACAUGGGUCACCAACGCAAGACAAUGGAAAAGACUGUUAGUAGUAAAGAUAGACUUUUGGAGAAAGGCAGUAAGGAAAUCGAGAAGGGGCGAAAAAAUCAAAGAAUUCUGGAAAUGGUGGAGGUGGAAAGAACCAUUAUAGCAAAUAUUGAAAAGAAAAGAUUUUACUGGUUUGAGUAUGUGAAAAGAAUGACACAUGAAAGAUUGCCAAAGAGAUGUAUGGAGCAGGAAGUAGAAGGGAGAAGGAAAAAAGAAGGCCAAAGGUAAAAUGGAAAGAAAUCCUGGCAGGCAUGACAUCAGAGAAGAACAAGCCUUAGCUAGAAAAGAAUAGAUAGAGAAGGAUGGAAGAAUACCUCAAAGGAUAUUUAAGUAAAGGAUAACCACACUAAUGGAAAAGUCCUUAAUAAAAUUUUAAAAAAUAAAUAAGGUUUGUGUUUCAUACCACUCAAUGAAAGUAAAAACAUCGACAAGGCGAUAUUAAUAAUAUGAAAUAUAAAUAAUAAUUCAUUAUACAGAAGAUGAAAUUCUGAACACUUUCCUUGCUUACAGUAUGUAGGUCCGAUAUAAAAUUCGUUAUCAUUUGGUCUUCGACACAUUUUUUUCUCAUUCAGCAAUGUAUUCAUGUGUUAAAUGUAUUCUCCUCUCCAAAAUGUAUUGGAGCCCAAAAUGUACUGUACGGAAGUCUUUCUCGAUGUUGAACAGACAUUUGAUCGAAUCAUGCACCCGGCAAUGCAAUGCUGUACCAACUCCGUAAAUCCAUCCCUACCACCUACAUACUUCCUCAUUAUCCGUUCCUACCUUUCUGGUCGAUUCUUCAAAGUAAAUCACAAUAAUACAUGUUCAUCCCUCUUUUUCCAGUCUGCUGUUGUUCGUCAAGGGAGUAUCCUCGGUCCAUUGUGAUAUUUAUAUUUUGAUAUAAACUGCUAUACAAACUCCGUAUAUUCUCACUACCUACUUACCUCCUUAUUAUCAGUUUUUACCUUACUGGUAGAUUUUUUCUGGUCUAAUGGUGUUCCUUACUACUUGAAGAACACCUAGAUCCUAUCCUUUAUACAGUUUAUACAGCUGAUAUCCCAACCCAUCUUACUACGGUCAUCACCACCUAUGCCGAUUAAAAUUGUAUCCUAUCAGUUAAUAAUCGUCCUUUAAUUGCAUCUCAAACCCUCCAAUCACAUAUUGCAAACCUUGAAGAAUGGUGUCAAUACUAGAGAAUAAAAAUAAAUACCAAUAAAUCUCAUCAAAUUACCUUUACUCUCCGUCGUAAACCUACAACUUCUUGUCCUAUAAUGCCCUUCAAUGAUAUCCCACUUAUUCCUGUCUCUAAACUUUCAAUUAAUUGCAAAAGACUCAUCUACAUAACCAUAAUAAGACCUAUAUGGACAUACAGAGUUAAGCUUUGGAACUCCACCAAAUCAUCGAAUUCCUAUCAUAUCCAACCCUUACAAUCCAAAAUCAGGCCCCAUCCGAAUCCACUUGUUUCCAGCCUUGCUUUUUCUUCGGUUGGUGAUAAUCUACCUCGGCUUCUGGAAAGAAGAUGACCUCGUGAUCUUCUCACCUAGAAUUAAGUAGGGAAUGCUACCACUGGGUAGUAUCUCUUCAAGUCCGUUCAUGUUAUUAUUCUAAUGUGUGCAUAUUUACUGAUUGAAUUUGUAUACAGUUGUAAAUUUCAUUUAAUAAAAAUAAAAAAUUCCUUUUUCGCUUCUCUAAUAUGGUCGCGUUAAGAUACAAUUUAGAAUAAUAGCUCAUUACAAAGAAAAUGAAAUGAUGAAUAAUUCCUUCGCUGACAAUAUGCAGGUCCGAUUUUUAGUUUUUGAGAUAUUUUAAUUCGUAUGUAAACUUCAUUCAUAUGUUAUAUAAUCUUUCAACCAUUAUAUAACAAAGUACAUAAUUUAAUAACAUUACAUCAACAUUAUACUUACUCCCACCAGAAUCUCCACAUUAAUGGGGUACAUCUUUCCUGCAGUGAGCGUUACGGGUUGUGAAGCCCGGGUCAUCAUAAUUUGGACGGCCUUACAAUAAUUUUUAUCAGCUCUGUACCAGUCACUGCUGUAUAAGGCAAAACCAAUUUUUUUGCUCUAAAAUAUAAAAUAAAAUAAAUUAAAUUGCAUAAUUAUUGAAGAUUUUCGGUAAGUUAACUCAUUGUACUCAUUAAUAUUGGGUUGGCAAAUAAGUUCUUUUGGUUUUUCUGGGUGAAAUAAAAUACUACAGACAUAAAAAUUAUUUUAAUCCACAAUAUGUUUACCAUUAUUUAAUAUGACUUUUUCCUAUCUUUUCACUAACUGCAUAAUGCCAUGUUCGUAGAAUGUCUGGAGUUUAUUGUUAAAAAACUGAUCCAAGUGGUUUUUGAUUUCCUCUUCCUUUUGGAAUUCUUUCCAUUCAUGGAGUGGACUGCAGAGACCGGAAUAAGUGGUAGUCAGUUGAAUAGAAAGUUUUGAAAUAGCUAAUUGUAAUCAUCUUAAAGGGGAGUGGGGUAUUCAGUGGUAAGGUACUGAGCUUCCAAUGCUACGAAAGGUCCCAGGUUCGAUCUCCGCUCAUGACAGAAAAAAUAUUUAUUCUGUUUCAUUGCCAUUGUAGCGUAGGUAGACCCUCCUAGGGCACACCCAGUCUCUAUAAAGUGAGUACCUUUAAUAAAAAUAAUUAAUUAAGGGGCAAAAUCUUGCGGUUGAGCGAGAUCUCAGUUAAAUCACCUCCUUGCACAACCUUAGACCAAGAAACAGUGCUUUCUUUUAAUAGUACUGAACCCAAGACCCUUCAUGGGUUAUAGUGGUACAGGUUAAUCCACAGGCGGAUUUACGGGGAGGGCUUUCGGGCUGAAGCCCUCCCACCAAAAAAUGGUAAAACAUCACCAUGUUUUACAGAAAAAAAUAUUAAAAACUAUCUCAUAAAGUAUUCUUGUUCGAGUAAUUAUAUGUAAUAGGAUUUCAAGAACCACUUAAACACUAUUUCAUAUAGGUAAUUAAUUUCUUUUUCUUUAUUUCAAAUUAAUUAUCGUUAUAUGUAUAAGAAAAAAAAUCUUUCUGGCUGGAGCCCCCCCCCCUCCCAAAAUUAAAUUCUGGAUCCGCUAGUGGGUUAAUCAUUUUUUCAGAAAAACGAAGUUACUUUAAGUGGCUGGAUAUAAAAGUACAUUAUUUCUUUACACAACAUAAUUAAUAUUAAGUUGUUAAGUUAAUUAAUUAAUUAGUAUAAUUUAAUUCUAUUAAUAAAGCUUAUUAAUAUAUUAUAAUAUUAUAUAAUAUUAUAUAAUAUUAUUAUAAUAAAGCAGAACGUUUUUCUAAACCUGGGGUAAAUGUAAUACAGUUGAAGGAUGAUAAAAAAAAAUAAUUUAGGACUUUUUAUUAAAGGGAACUUAUGUAAGUUUACCCGCUUUUUAAAUUGUUUUAACAAUGAAAAUCUCUUCUUUCGUUUGAAUAAAAUUUGAUUUAGUUCACUAUGUUUAAUUCCUUAAAUCAAAUGUUUUUUUAGAACACAAAUAUUGAAAUUCUUACAUUUCUGCUGGAAAUUGAGCAAUUUUUUGUAUGAACUUUUUAAUAAAUCUUGACGUCUACCACAAACAUUGUAAAUAUUUC